AUGGCAGCACAAACAAAUGGAAAUAUACCUGCUAGCAAGGUCAGUCCAAAAUACCUUCACGCAAACUCAACCAGCCACACCUGGGCCUUUGGUGCUAUCGCUGAGCUUAUUGACAAUGCAUAUGACCCAGAUGUGAGAGCAAAGAACUUCUGGAUAGAUAAGAAAGUGAUCAAAGAAAAGAUCUGUCUCACCUUCAGGGAUAAUGGAGUUGGCAUGGACUAUGAAAAAAUGUACAAGAUGCUCAGUUUUGGCUUCAGUGAGAAGGAGGAAAUAGAUGGUCAUGCUCCAGUAGGUCGCUAUGGUAAUGGGUUCAAGUCAGGCUCUAUGCGACUGGGGAAGGACGCCAUCGUGUUUUCGAAGACCAAGGAGACCAUGUGUGUGGGCCUGCUCUCCCAGACAUACUUAGAGGAGAUAGGAGCUGAGAACAUCAUCGUUCCCAUAGUCACUUUCACAGAUAGUGGGAAGAACCAGAUCCAAGCCUCCCCAGAGCAUGCAGAUUGUCUGAGGGACAUUCUGAAGCACUCUCUGUUCCAGAAUGUAGAGGAACUGCGGAAACAAUUCCAGGCAAUCAGUACACGAAGCCAGACGUAUGAGAAAACGGGAACAUACAUCAUCAUCUGGAACCUCCGCAAAACAUCAGAAAGGCCAACAGAGUUUGACUUUGAUGAGAACCGCUUCGAUAUCAGGAUCCCAGCAGAUCAGCAUGAAAACAAGAAAAAGACUUUCACAAAACCAGAGCGUGUCUUGCAAUCCGUCCCUGAAAGUGACUACUCUCUGCGGGCAUACUGCAGCAUUCUGUACAUGAAGCCCAGGAUGCAGAUCAACAUUCGGGGAAAGAGGGUAGACACGCAGCUCAUCUCCAAGAGUCUGGCAUUCACCCGAAGGUAUUUCUACAGUCCCAGCUGCCGUCCAUCUAAACGUGUUCCGAUCAAUUUUGGGUUCAACACCAAAAGCAAAGAGCAUUAUGGACUCAUGAUAUACAACAACAACCGACUCAUAAUAUCCUACAAGCGCAUUGGCUGCCAACUCAUGCCCAGUGAUGAGGGAGUGGGAGUCAUUGGUGUGAUCGAGUGUGAUUUCCUCACACCAACACACAAUAAGCAGGACUUUGAUAACACAGUAGAUUACAGAAGAACCAUUAGAAAUCUGGAGACAAAGUUGAAGGAAUACUGGAAAAAAGUCUGUGCUGAGAACAAUUCAGGGGAUCCAAACAGCUCUGGACCUGUUGAGGACAUGAUGGAACGUCCAGACCAGAUUUGGAAGCAGUGCAGCGAUUGCCUUAAGUGGCGGAAAUUGCCAGACAACACUAAUCCUGACCGGGUCCCUGAGGAAUGGUCCUGCAGUAUGAACCCUAAUAAACAGUUCAGCUCUUGUGAUGUUCCAGAGGAACAGGAAGAUUCGGGCGAUGAGGAGCAGACCCACCUGAAACAUCCCAAGAAAAAAGCUGGUCACAAGGCUACCCUAAGAAAGACAGGGGUGAAAAGAGCAAAACAGAGUGAGUUUGGUGAUGAGAGUGACUCUGAGAAACCUCCAACAUUCACCUCAAUGCCAAUCAACUCUGAAAAUGAUGAUGACGAUGACGAUGUGGUUGAGGUGGGGCAAACCCAGUGUGACGACAGCAUGAUGGAUACAAAGCAGGAGCGGAGAAGUCUUCGGAAAAGGAGAGGUCGCAAGGUGUUGGAAAAUGAUGAUGAUGAUGAUGAUGAUGUGGUUGAGGUGGAGCAGACCCAGUGUGAUGACAGCAUGAUGGAUACAAAUCAGGAGAGGAGAAGGGCGAAGAGAUUUCUUACUUCUCCCAAAGAAAAUAAGGGGGUGAAGAGAAGCAAAGGGAGUGAUGGUGGCCAUGCUGAUAUCUCUGAAACACCUCCAACCUUCAGCUCAAUGCCAGAACUUCACAUAACAUCAGUGUCCCUCAGCACUGUCAAUUAUGGUGAGGGGGAGCAGAAUGGGUGUGAUAGCAGCCUUAAUGAAGGACAGAAGGAGCAAGGUGGGAGCGAAGACGGCCUUAGGGAAAGACAGGAGGAGCAGAGUGGGGGUGAGGACAGUCUUCAGCAGGGACAGAAGGAGCAGAAUGAAUGUGAUGACAUCCCAAAGGAAGUACACAAAGAACAGAGUGAGUAUGACGACAUUCUGAGGAAAAAGCAGGAGGAGCAGACCACGUACUGUAGAGAGCUGGAGAAACUCCUCAGUCUGGGUCAGAGCUCACUCCUUAGAAUGCAGCAGCAGCAGGAGUUACUGAAGCUCCUGAAGACUACAAUUCAGGAGAGAGAUGACCUCCAGAAACUACUGAAGGCAACACGCCAAGACAGAGAUGACCUCCAGAAAAAACUCACGAUGCUACUGACGACAACAUGCCAGGAGAGAGACAGCCUCCAUAAGCAACUAAAGACAACAUGCCAGGAGAGAGACGACCUCCAGAAACAGAUAAACACUCUCAAACAGCAGAUAGAACAGCUUCAGAGUAGAAACAUGAAAGAGACCUGUGACUCAAACACACAGAUGCAGAGAACUGAGACAUAUUGA